GCUUGUCAAGUCAAUACGGUGAAACUGCCGGGUUGAUGGUUCAGCUGUUUUAGUAUCGAGAGAGAAUUUUUGACGUAUAGUGGCGUAUCUAGAACGUUCGUGUGUUUAUCUCUGUGUUAGAAUGAAACGCUUGAAAUUAUAGAUCUUAUUAAAUGUAAUUCAGCGUUUGAUUUCACAUAAUGUUGAAAGUGUUUAAUUUCACAUUAGCAGUUUACGACGAGUCUUCUGUUUUCUUAUGACCGGGAACUGAAAGUGUGCAGAAAUGAAAUCUGCCCUAAUUCUAUAUUUUAUGUUGCAACUUCGAACGAAGAGGAGUGGUGGUUAUUGGGGGUCGUGCUGCAGUAUAUAAGCUGCGAUCGGCGCAAGAGCCCCACCAGUUACACUAAGUUGCCGGUGCGUGAAGGGACAGCUCGAGAUGUCCUUCGAACAAAAUUCCCUGGUAAUCCCCAUCACGAUUGACGAGGAUCAUCUCAUCGAUGGAGCAUUCUCCGUGCUGCAACAUAUUCGUUCAUCAUGGAGCAGAGACAAAACAAAGUUCAAGGUGUUUACUGAUGGUAUUACCAACAAACUGGUGGGGUGCUUCUAUAGUGACUGUCCUGACGAUGUGGUUCUUGUAAGAGUAUAUGGCCAGAAAACAGAUCUCCUAAUUGACAGACAUGCAGAAACACGGAAUAUUCAGCUACUUCAUGCUGCAGGCUAUGCCCCGCAAUUGUAUGCCACAUUUGAUAAUGGUCUGGCAUAUGAGUAUGUGUCGGGGGAUGUCCUUACAGUGGACACUUGUCAUCAUAUAUCUGUUUUUCCCUUGGUGGCACGUAUGAUGGCGAACAUGCAUCGUCUUGAUUGUGGUCCAGGAGUACCUAGGCGCCCUGCCUUAUGGUCUAAGGUGCGGCAGUUCAUGGACAUCAUGCCAACAAAGUUUGAAGAUCCUGCAAAGCAAACUAGAUUUGAAGAGCUCAUUCCUCCAAAGAAGAAAUUGGAAGAAGAAUUUGAAAAUUUAAAGUUACAGUUGACACGUCUGAAUAGUCCAAUUGUGUUUUGUCACAAUGAUUUAUUGCUUGGAAAUGUCAUCUAUAAUGCUGAAAAGAACUCUGUUACCUUCAUAGAUUAUGAGUAUUCCAGCUACAACUAUCAAGCCUUCGAUAUUGGAAACCAUUUUGCAGAAUUUGCAGGAGUGUCAGAUGUGGACUUUGGCCGAUAUCCAAGUGAGGACUUCCAGCGUCAGUGGAUUAGUGUGUAUCUGGAAGCAUAUGAAGAUCGUGAGCCUACAAAUGAUGAAGUUGAGCAGCUGCUUAUUCAUGUCAAUAAAUUUGCUCUUGCAGCACAUUUCUUAUGGGCUGUAUGGUCCCUUAUACAGGCUGAGCAUUCCUCUAUUGAUUUUGACUUUCUUGGAUAUUCCUCAAUAAAGUUGAAAGAAUAUUUUGGCAAGAAAGAAAAGUUCCUGAACAUGGAGUUUCCUAAUUCAUGAUAACUGUGAAUUACUUGCACAGGUGUGCAGCUAUGGUUGUUUCACUUAUAGAAGUCAGAAGAUACAACAACAAAAAAAACUCUAAACACUGGGGGCAAUAUUUUUUUAAUACUUCAUCUUAACAUGUGAUAACUGGUGUGAUGAUGAAUAAAGGACAUUCUAUUGAGAGCAUUCUCUCUCUCUCUCUCUCACACACACACACACACACACACACACACACACACACACACACACACACUGUGAAAUGUAAGUAAAGCCUGUUAUCACUGCUUGGUGCCUGUGCAUGUUUGCAAAGAAAUUAGAGAAAGAGAGAGGGGGGGGGGGGGGGGAGAAUGUGAGGACUAUAUAAGAUUCCCCCAUGUGGUGAUGUUACAUAACAAAGAAAAGAGCUGCAAUUAAGGAGUGAAAAGAAAGUAACAUUACUAUCUUCACACUGCCUGUCUGUUAUUUUGUUGUUCUGAGUAUGAUAAUGGGAUUGUGAUAUAUCUGAGUAUUGUAUGAGAAACUGUAAUAAUAAAUCUGAUACAGCUGUUGUUUUGUGUGUCGUACUUCCCACAUUCAGAAUUAAGUUAAAAAUUAGUUGUAAUUGUGUGCACAGGGUAAUGAGGCCUUAGCAAAAUAAAAUAUGUGAAAAGAAUGAUAUGUAGUUGCAUGUUUGGCAAAUAAAACAAUGUUCCUUUCAUAAUGUCUUGCUACUAACUCUACCUGCAAGAUGAGUUUCUGCUAUCACUCACUUUGUACUUGAUGAUGGGUGAGGACCUCAAGUUUUAUUUAUUGUAUUGGCCUAAGAAUACAACAUCUUAAAACUGUUUGUUCCUUUAUCACUCUGUUUGAUCAGGAUCAAAUGGAAGUGCUACUCUAAUAUUUAUUUCCUCGCUGUUGUACCUUUCCGUAUUUCCUCUGGAGCAGUGGGUACAUAAUAUAUCAUUGGUUUUGGCAAAUCUGUUAUAAGAAGAUGUAAGUUGUAACUAACCUUGCAAAUUAUUUUCCCUGUUUAAUUGUAGAUAUACGUAUAGGUGUUAUUUUAUCCAUGUUGGGUCUUAUUGAACUUGAUGACUAAGAAUUGUUGGUGCUGAAAGCUACCACCAAAUUGUUACAACUGGAAGAAAUCAGAAGUAAACAGGAAUGUACCAUUGGUAGAGAAUUAGAAAUCACAAGCUGUGUCCAGUGGAAAGUAGCAUUUACCAACUGUCCUAUUAGGACCUAAGAAAUGAAUGUUCAGAUUGGCCAAGAAAAAGUUUUGUUUCAGGUACGAACUUUAUUUAUAGAAUAACUUGCAAGGAAAAUUAAAACUUUGUUUUCUCUAUCUUUUAUUUCCUGGCCUGUUAGUAUUCCACCCACCCCUACCCCCAAUCCACCUGUCUACCACAUAUAAUGAACUUUGCUUUCAGCUCUUAGUAAUUCUUGGAGUAUGUUUUGUCAGUAAUUUUCAUCUUACUUAUUACCCUGUCUUCCUCCAUUAAGCACUCAGGCUUUCAAGUCUCAUCCACUGUAGUCCCCAGAAAUGUCUUACCUUCUCAUCCCAUCUGAGAAGUCUCACCUGACCGGGGAGGGGGGGGGGGGGAGGUUCUGAGCGACUUUUCCGUAACUCUCCCUAUUUCUUAAACUUCACCAAUCCUUUAUCCUUCCUCCUUUACCUUUAUCCUUCCUCCUUUACCUUUAUCCUUCCUCCUCUACCUUUAUCCUUCCUCCUCUACCUUUAUCCUUCCUCCUUUGCCUUUAUCCUUCCUUCUUUGCCUUUAUCCUUCCUUCUUUGCCUUUAUCCUUCCUUCUUUGCCUUUAUCCUUCCUCCUUUGCCUUUAUCCUUCCUCCUUUGCCUUUAUCCUUCCUCCUUUGCCUUUAUCCUUCCUCCUUUGCCUUUAUCCUUCCUCCUUUGCCUUUAUCCUUCCUCCUUUGCCUUUAUCCUUCCUCCUUUGCCUUUAUCCUUCCUCCUUUGCCUUUAUCCUUCCUCCUUUGCCUUUAUCCUUCCUCCUUUGCCUUUAUCCUUCCUCCUUUGCCUUUAUCCUUCCUCCUUUGCCUUUAUCCUUCCUCCUUUGCCUUUAUCCUUCCUCCUUUGCCUUCAACCCACCUGCCUAAAGAAGCCAUUGGCUCCAAAAGCUUGUACGUUUCCAUAACUUUUAUGUAUAUUUUCUUAUGCCACCACUUGGUGAGUAGAUUUUUAAUCUUUCCAAUUAAAUUUUAAAAGCAACUGAGUAAUGAUUAAACAGUAAAGGUGAUAGAAGACUUAAAAAUUUAGAGAAGAUAAGCUCUUAAAAAAAAAGAUGUUAUAAAAGGUAUAAGUGUUGAGAUGUGGGAUGGAAACAUAGUUCCACGAGAAACAUUACAGUGCAAACAAUAAAGUGUGCUUAGUGAACAAGAGGGAAAACCACAUGUUCAUUGUUAUAGGCAGCCUGUCAAAGCCUAUAAUCUUCCUUCAUAUUUUCUUGACUACUUUUCCUCUGUCAUGAAAUGUGGGCUGUUUUGAUCAAACUUCCUCUCAGUAAAAACUAGUUCUUGGCCAAUGUAUGAAAUGAUGUGAGCAAUCAGGGCAUUAAGUUUAAUCAAUUAAAAACCAAACCUCAGUCUGUGUCUUCAGUUGAUUACUCUGUCUAUUGGGCUGUGACUAGGUGGCAGUCAAACUGCUCAUUCACAAUCAUAAGCACUCAACUGAUGCCUUGCAGACAUGUUACCAUACCACAUGGAAUGUUACACUAACCAGUUCCACAACAACCUUUGCCAGAUACCGUGUUGCAUGCUGGGUCUUGAAUGCAGACAGUGUGUUCAUGCACAGGCUUGGAUGUGGUUACCAAGUCCCGCCCUCUACAUUUCCUUUUACUGUCAUUGGUUGGGUAUUCCAUAGCAAGUUGUUCUGUAGCAGUUGUCAAGCAGUGUAAACAAUUAAGGAUUCCACCCAGUCCACAUUACACAUAGUUUGUGGCACUCAUUAUGAUGAAGCAAGCUUUACUCUGAGCUUGUGCUCCAAGAAAACACUGUUUGAAGAUGAGCUCACAGACUAAUAGAGAAUGAGUAUGUAUGAGCCUACGGACUGAGUAUAGGUUUAAUAUUCUGUUUACAGACACACACAUGAGAGUGACCUAAAAAUGUUUCCACAUUAGGAAUGGAAGUCAUGUAGAAUUAGAUCAGGCAACCUUGGAGACCAGUGGUGUAAGGCUAGUGACUUUGUUGAAUGCUGUCAGAUGUGGGUGGAGCAGUAAUGUUGCACAGUUGUAACUGAAGUAUACCUGUUGAAAUAGAGAGUACAAAAUUCCUUUUGUUACUAUAUUUUUGUCAUCAUGCCUUGAUCUAAAUCACUUCACUAGGAAGCCCCUCAGCAGCCACAUGAACCUGCAUCUUAAAACUGACACUGAGAUGAUAUUUCUGAUGUAUAAGUUAAGGCACUCCAAAUUUCUAACUUCAUUCACAGAGAAAAUAUAAUCUUCUAAAUCAGAUAAAUCUUAAAACAUUCAGUUUUCAUUAGCACGAUACAAGCUGCCAUUGAUGGAACCCAGAAGCUAAUUAUACAUCAGAAGUGGACACGUCUGGCAAUUAUUAGACAUGCUGUAGGCAUGCAAGAACUAAAUAACAAAAUGAAAAUUUAACAUAUUAUCUCACUCUCAUUUGUCAUCACCUUUAUCAUGUUUCACACACUUAUUCACAUUAUUAUUUUUUUCUUCAUUUGUUUAGGUUUUCUUUGUGUUGACAUCUCAUUUUCAGCUCCUUAGUCUUUUCUCUCAUUACAGCCUUCUUUAUGCUCAAACCUAAAAUAAUGUAAAAAAAAUAGUGCUUGUCAACCAGCAGUUCCUCAUUACCAUGUAUUUCUCAUCUUUUCAAAUGAUUAUUAUCAUCACUUAUCUGUUGUCCCCCCUGCCCCCCCUCCCCCCUUCUCCGCUUUCCAUAAGUAUAAUGUUUCCCCUCUUUCAUGGAAGUGAAGAUAGUAAUUAUUUCAAUAUUUUUCUUUCCACAUUUUUAAUUCCACAUUUUUAAUUCUCUCUUUUAGUAAACUGUUGUGCACAGGUGUAAUCACUUUCAGAAACUGCCUCAGAAAUUUUUUAUAAAUUAUGUGGAAGCAGACUGACUGUAGACUGUUUUACUGUCAGUUUUCUGAGCAGCAUAAAGUUCAGUUAAUGUACACAGUAAUUUCCAUGGUGUUUUCAUCAACCAUUCAUUCUUCAUCACAGUGGUAUUGUUUUGGUGCUGAAAAGCAAAGCUAUAUUUUAUUGGUUCACAUUUGUUGCAUUGCCUCCAGAAAUAUACAUGCUAUAGUCAACCGUGUUGUGUAUAUUAUGCUCACUGUAUACUUUGUAAAUAAUGUAAAUAUUUUUUGAAUUUUUUGUAUGCUUAAUGGAUACUAAUAUAGUUGGGUAAUUAAAAUGAUGUUUCAUUCACAGAUAUGUCAUUCCUGUUAUUGGCAUUGGUAUUGAUUUUCUGUAACAAUUCCAUGUUUAAAAUUAUCGAAACUGUACAGUAAUCAUUUUGUUACACAUUACAUACAGGAAAAAAAUCUCAAGACAAAUGUUUGUGGUUUUACGUUAACUUUUGUUUUGUAGCAUACAAAGCCUAUGGACUGUAUCUGUGCUGCUUAUUCCUACCAUUAAAUAACAGAUUUUUUUUUCCAUUUAAAAUAAAAUAAAUUCACUUGGAGACAGGAUAUAUGUUACAGUUAUAUAAAGAAUUUUUUUUAAUCUAGUCUGUGUUACUUUGCAAGUGAGUGCCUUUUUUAGCACAGUUUGUCUUCCUAUAACUUAAUGACUGAUGAUGUUAGUAGCCUAUGUGUUAAAACAUAAUCUACUUCAAAGAAGGAGAGACAAAAGGAUAUAUUUAAUUAUUGGCUGCAUAUCAAUAAGAAUUUGUAAUUGUGUAUUUGAAUUAAUACAAAUUAAUUCUUCUACUGCAUAUCAAAUAAAAGUAAAGGUAAUUUUAUUUGUUCGUAAUUUUAUCUCAACCCAAAAGAAAUGUUCAUAAAAUAUUAAACCUUAAAUGGUGAUAAUCUGUUCUACCAAUGCAUAAAUGUAUCCUUAAGAUCGCUACUGGCAAAAUUAUAAAUGUUGAUGAUCCAUACAUAAAAUGUCAACUCCAAACUGUUAAGCAUUGGAAGUGUAUUAAAGUGAACUCUGUAAUUUGUAAAAAUAAAAUGCAAGAAACCUGACACAUGUAUGGCUGUAUGUAGUUUCUUGUAUUGUCUAAAGAUUGUAAUACUUCAAAUGUAGGUGGAAACGCACAUUCUUUGUACUAUUAGAAAUUGGGACAGUUAAAUUUAGUAAUGAUUUUGCUUGUUAUUGACAUGAUUUGUACUUUACCUUCUUUCCAGUUUUAUUUAUAAAUUGCAUUGAAUCUUAUGAAAUAAUAAUUUUCCGGGUAUUUGUCUUCAAAAAUAUUACUGACAUUAUCUGUAUAAGCAGCUUAUCUUUAGUUAUUUCUGAAAUGAACGUAUUACUUGGUUUGCGGAAAUACUGAUAAAUAGGAAAACAUCUUGCUUAAGCACUCUUUAGUACAUGCUGUGCAUUGGAGAUUGUUUCGGCUGUGUUCAUUUCACUGAUGUAAAGAUUAAAAAUAAAUAUUUUGAAACUGAUUAGAAUUUUAA